GCUCGAGCCGUGGGGCAUUGUGGGAGAAGAUGGCGACCGCCGUCCGCUCCCGGGUUGUCCUAGCGCUGCCAAUGUCACGUCCUGCCAUCGCUGCAGCUGCUACGUCUGUGUUUCGUGGCCCAUCCCAUCGCCAGCUUCAUCAUGCUCUCAUACCUCAUGGGCAAGGUGGCCGUUCAUCUGUCAGUGGAGUUGUGGCCACUGUGUUUGGAGCCACAGGAUUCCUGGGUCGAUAUGUUGUCAACGCCCUUGGACGAAUGGGGUCACAAGUGAUCAUACCGUAUCGGUGUGACAUAUAUGACACCAUGCACCUUCGCCCCAUGGGUGACCUGGGCCAGCUUAUCUUUCUGGAAUGGGACGCAAGAGACAAAGAUUCUAUCCGGAGAGCGGUGCAGCACAGCAAUGUGGUCAUCAAUCUCAUUGGGCGGGACUGGGAAACCAGAAACUUUGAUUUUGAAGACGUUUUCGUGACGAUUCCUCAAACAAUAGCUCAGGUGUCCAAGGAAGCUGGUGUUGAGAGAUUCAUUCAUGUUUCACACCUGAAUGCCAGCAUGAAGAGUUCUUCUAGGUACCUGAGGAGCAAGGCGGUAGGAGAGAAAGAAGUGAGAAGUGCGUUUCCUGAAGCCACCAUCAUACGGCCGUCUGACAUCUUUGGAAGGGAGGACAGGUUCCUCAAUCACUUUGCAAAUAUUCGUUGGUUUGGUGGCGUGCCUCUUAUUUCUUUGGGUUUUAAGACAGUGAAACAACCAGUAUAUGUUUCAGAUGUUUCCAAAGGGAUUGUUAAUGUGGUUAAAGAUCCAGAUGCCAGAGGAAAAACCUUUGCCUUUGCCGGACCGAAUCGGUACCUGCUCUUUCACCUGGUGCAGUACAUCUAUGACAUGGCCCACAGGACCUUCCUCCCCUACCCCUUGCCACGAUUUGCUUACAGGUGGGUCGCCAGAUUCUUUGAAAUGAGUCCGUUUGAGCCCUGGACAACAAGGGACAAAGUGGAGCGGAUACAUAUCUCAGAUGUGUUAACACCUGACCUGCCUGGCCUGGAAGAUCUUGGCAUUCAGGCUACCCCACUGGAACUCAAGGCCAUUGAGGUGCUGCGGCGGCAUCGCACUUACCGCUGGCUGUCUUCCGAGAUGGAGGAGACAAAGCCUGCCAAGACAGUCGACUAUUAGUUCGUCCAGGCCACCUGUGUUCCUUAGAACCCAUUACAUAGUAAAUGAGGUCGCUCUAUUAAAUAUCUGAGGGUUCA